AUGGUCCGAACCAGCGUCUUGAGCGAUGCUCUGAAGAGUAUCAACAACGCCGAGAAGCAGGGCAAGCGCCAAGUGGUGCUCCGCCCUUCCUCCAAAGUCAUCGUGAAGUUCCUCCAGCUCAUGCAGCAGCAUGGCUAUGUCUCGGAAUUCGAGGAGGUCGAUGAUCACCGAGGCGGUAAGAUUGUCGUUGAACUUAUCGGCCGCUUGAACAAGUGUGGCGUCACUAGCCCCCGCUUCAACGUCCGACUGGGAGACCUGGAGAAGUGGGUUGUACGACUUCUGCCUGCCCGCCAGUUCGGCCAUGUCGUGCUCGCCACGUCUGCCGGUUUCAUGGAUCAUAACCAGGCCCGCAGAAAGAACGUCUCGGGCAAGAUCCUUGGCUACUUAUACUAG